AUAUUCAGAAAAUCAGUUCAGUUCUUCGACUGCUUUCAAGAUGAAGUUCUUAGUGCUCUUUUUGGCUGUCGCUGCUUUAGCUUCUGCUAAACCUGAUCGCAAUUACAUUGACAUUAAGCAAGAUGGUACUAUUUACAUCGAGAGUGAAGAAGGAAAGCAGAUUUGGAUUUCCAAAAACUACGGGCUCAAUGGACAGAAGAAAAUUGAAAUCGAAGUAACUGGACCCAAUGGCCUCGCCAAAAUGUACAAAUUUGAUUACAACAACCAGGUCAACUUCGAAAGUGGAAUGGGUUACACCAACUUAAACACUUUCAACAAGAACUACCAAGAUCAGUAUGACAUUCUCGAUGUAAUCUUCAGAGAAUACUUGGGAUACGUUGAUGAGUACACUUAUCAGCAACUCCUCAACAAGGUUCACAAAGCUGUUCUCAACGGUUACUUCGAUGGUCAAGUUUUGUAUAUCCUUCAAGCUCUCGUUGAAGACACCAAAUGGGACAACUUGAGCUCUGGACGUUAUUCUUACGGACAAUUUGGUGAUCUAUUGAACAAAAUGACCCAACAGAACAAAUACGGACUAAGAUUUUUGGGAAAACUCUUCCAAGGACAAGAUGUUUACGAUCAAGAAUACAAACAAUACAAUGUCAACUACUACUACAACGCAGUGAUGAGAAUUUUCGACAGGCAAGUCUUGAAAACCGUUUUACUCCAACAACAAAUGUACAACCAAGAGAUUUACGGUCAAUACUCUUUUGAAAAAAUGUGGAACAUGAUUUUCACCCAACAAGGUAUCUUCGACCAUCAGUACUUGGUAGAAAUCAUUAACAACCAAGAACUCAGAAACUGGUUCGUUCAACGCGGAUUCUUCGACAGAGAAGUCCUUGACCAAAUUCUCGACGCCUACAAGACCCAAGGAGUAUACGAUCAAUUCUUGUUGCCAAAAUUGGUCAACACCCAGGAAUUGAAAUAUUUCUUCGUCAAAAAUGGAAUCUCCGUCUAUGAUAUCUUGGGACAAAAUUCCUACAACCAAUACUAUGGCAACACUUACUCCAACAAAGGCUUUUACGGCCUCAACAAAGGCUUCUACGGCCUCAACAAAGGUUUCUACGGCCUCAACAAAGGCUUCUACGGCCUCAACAAAGGUAUCUACGGUUACAAUAUGUUGGAGAAAAUCAUUAGCGAACCAAUGUUCAGAAAUGUUAUGAUUCAAUACGGAAUCUUCAACAAAAACAUUUUGGACCAGAUCUUGUACCAAUACAACACCCAAGGAGUUUACGAUCAAGUACUUUUGAGGCAGUUGGUCAACAAACAAGCUUUGUACAAUGUUUUGGUUCAAUAUGGAGUAGUUGACCAAGUCGUAUUGAGACAAUUCCUCGAAAACCAAAACCUUGGCUUCAGCUUCUUAUUCAAGAAGAACUUCUUCGAACAAACUCCAAGAAUGACCUACAAUCACUUGUUGGGAGCCUACGGAAAUGCUCCUGAAUACGGUUACAGAUUUGGAGGAAACUACUUGAAGAACUUCUUGUAUGGACAGCAAUACUACGGAUACAACCAAGUUCCUUACUCCUACGGAAAACUCUACAACCAGUACCAACUCGCCCAGAGGGUUUAAUAAGACUAAUAAUGAUGGACUCGUAUUUUUUUUAAGUUUAAGUUAAUAAAAUAAUUCAAGCAUAAA